AUGCCUCCAGUUGGACUGAAGAGUGUCUACCAACAGUAUAAAAGAGACACCAACAUUGUCGCGUCGUGGCUGGCUACAACCGCAAAAACAUGUGGAUAUCCUGCGGACCUGCUCUCCGAGGUUGCCGCUGGGGGCGAAGCCUCAGCCUCCGCCCAGACCAGCUCAACCAGCCAGUCGAAGAGCAAAGGCGGCAAGAACUCGAAGGGCAAGAAGAAGCCGAAGAAGUCCGGGAAAGCCGCCGACAGUGGUGAACAAAGUGGCCCGAAGAAAUACACCGUUGUCGUUGCGGAGUACAUCCCGCUGGCUCAAUUCAUAUCCACCUCAAAGAGCGAAAAGGCUAAGGUGCCCGGAGUGUUCGCAAUUGCCAUUAAUCGGGUCAUUCGGCUGCGAAAGGAGUUCAGUUCGAAGCUAGCUGGCAUCAAGAACAAACGAAACCCAGAGUCCGACAUGAGCCACAAUUAUUUCAUCGGCAUUCUCGAGCAGGUUCGCGACGUUCUUCGACCGCUCAUGACUCCAGAAGCCAAGUCUGUCGAGACAAAUCUCUCCAACAAAUUCGAAGGGUUGUCUGUAGAUGAGCCCUCUCAGGACUUCCUCGACGCUCCGGACAUUGAAAAACCGAAGGUUGUUUACGAGGCCGAAGAUACUAUGUCUGACACGGACGCCUUGUUCAUCCUGGACCUCCUAUGGAAGGAUCUUAUCAAUGUUCGGGGUGCGAUCAAAGCCAUGUGGAUAAACUACAACGAUGGGUCCGAUGCGGACUUGGCGGCUGUGGCAGUUGCCUCCAACACCGGGUUCGACUUGGCACGUCAUAUGAUUGACGACGUGUUCCCGGUACUCGAGUCGCAAAAGAAUGGUUUCUACGGAGCGCUGAAGAAUAAGCAUUACAUGCUUUGCGACCUGAUCGUAUCCUGGUCUUUGACGCCUGGAAACACCGACGCACCAGAGCUUGGCCUCAGAAUUGAUGACAGUGUAGACGACUUGUUCUACAUCGGCGGCAGGGAGAGCUUUUUGAACACGCUCAGUAUCCUCAGCGAGGUACUACCGGGGUUGGAAUCGAAUAAGAAACCCAUUGAGCCUGUUAACCUCGACAAUAUGAAGGAUGUCAUGGCACGGAAGGGGAUCCCGAAGUUCGACCGCGACCGCGACAUUCUCAAGCAUGUGUUUGAGGAUCUCGCAUUCAUUGACGACCAUCUAGGAAAGAAAGAUCCUUCCGGGUUGAUAGAAUGGCCACAUGUUAUCGAAGACAACCUACUGCGCGGCCUAAGGGAGGCUCGUCAAACUGGGAAGAUACCCUUCUACCUGGCCUUCGCGUCACAGGUGCUGCUUGAUGUUCAUCACUAUCUCGGCAAAAAGAUCUCUAAGCCGAAAGACGAGAUGCUGGAUAUCAUGCAGAAGCUGUGUGAUCAGUUCAGCGAGUACUAUCGGGUGCUGACUACUUUGGACGUGUUCGAAGAGUUCGACGAGUAUGAUCACGAGAUGAGAGAAGUGGCCACAGGCUGUCUAGAACUACAAGAGGAUCCCAUCUACAUGGCCAAGCUGGCUUUGCAGAAGAAGAAAAAGCUUCGAAGCGCGGCCAAACCAGAGAAACAUGGCUUUUGGAAAAGACAUCCCAUCGCAUGCGGCCUGCUUCUUUACGCGUACCGGUUCACCAUGUAUCGCACAGGUAUUCAUUCUGCGAACGUUUCCCGAUCAAUUCUCUGCGCCAUGCAUCUGUAUAACGCUGUGCAGGCUGAAGGGCAACUCCAGCAGCCUUGGCCUGAUCUAGAAGCAGCCAUGGCUUUACUCGGGCCCUCUCAAUUCUUCAUCGGGGGCAAAGUCCCGUCAGAGAUGAAAGAGUAUGCCAAGAGUCUCAUGAUGCAGCUUGGCGUGUCGGCCACAAGUUUCAUGGAUCCUUCCAAGCGACGAGGCAAAACUCGGACCAAGGUCUUUCAAGAUGUAUACCACCGUUUGAUCCAACUCAACACCCCGACUUGGAUGGCGUUCUAUGACAGAUACGUCGCCGACUACGGACGAACGGGACCAGGUGCCUGGAGACUUGAGGAUGUCUAUGAGAUCAUCCCCGAGCGUUUUCACUUCCCUGCAGAGGAGGAUUCGAAGACGCCAGAAAAGCCAAAGAAAACCAAGGCCAACGGCAAAGCUGCCAGGAAGCCGGUACAUCCUGAGGCCAUGGACCCUGCCAGCGUGAUCAUCGACCUUUCCAACGCACUGGAAUAUGAGGCCUACCAAGUGUCCUUCCCUUUCUUCGUUCUUCAUGCUCAAGCGUUCUGGGUGUUACACGAUCUCAGAGAAGACAUCAGGCCGUUCGUCGAAGAUGUCAUCGGACCAGUGCCCAACGAGCUCGCCAAGCCCGCCAUGCCCUGCCACGUUGUGGAAAUCUUGCAGGCUUGCAAAAAUCACCUGGACCCGGCGCGAGCUUUGUUCAUGUUGCGGCUUUCCGCGGACCAUCUUGAGCGCGUGCUAACUGCGGGGCUAGGGCCGGGCCAGUUUUGGGGUCCUCCCAUCCCAGGUGUGACGUGGCGGGAAGAGGGCGCGACCUGUACGAGAGGCGAGGCUGCCCUCAUGCAUUUCCAAAGGCUUGGGCAUGAUCUUCCCCGGAGAGCAGAGCCCAUUCUUGAAGAGGAAGAUGAAGAGGAAGAUGAAGAGGAUUGGGUCAUCAAAUUUCGUUGA